AGUGCGGAAAAUACGGUACACUAAAUCAGGACAACAUUUAUCAAGCUUUUUUGUGACAUGGCGUGUGUUCCGUUUAAAACGCCAAUCGGUCUGUCCGUGGUCAGUCCUUUGUUGGUCUGAUUGUCCCAGUAAAGAAUUGUGUUCACAAUUGAAGAGAAAAAGGAUUCCGAUAGAAAAAUACAAGUGAACAUGACCUACAUUCAGUUCUUUAUGCUGUGCAUUGGCAGCUGUAAUCAUGCGUGAUGAGGCAGACAUCAGAGACGGGAAGUUUGAAGUUGUUUAAGUUUAGUGUCAACAGGUUCAACGGGCUUGGAUCUCAACACUAUCACCACCCAACAACGCUUUGCAUCUUUUCAGUCGACUCCUCGUCUUCACUCCAGUUCCUACGUAACCGUAAAGUGUGAUGAUGCACUCAUUGGUUCCGACGUACAAUCAGGCCAUGCCGCCAUCUCCGGCUUUGGCCUUGGAAGAGCGUAACGCUAGUCCUCCACCGUCUUAUUACGCUUCAAUGGCCGACCCACCUCCAUUCUACGAAGAGACGGAUUCAAACCCUGUCUCCUUGAUGCCAAUCAUCAGAACCUCUGAUGUUAUAAUCCAUCAGCCUACAUUUGUCACUGUGAGACAACAACAACAACAACAACAGCAACAGGUGGUGGUGGCGCCUCAGCCGGGAUCCUCGGAAACAGACUCCAUGGGCGGUCUGGUCAACACGCCAGGCCGCGUACGCUGCCCACAUUGUCGCACCGACGUCACCACGAAAGUCAAACAAAGACCGGGAAGAAGGGCCUACACCCUGUGCUGCGUCCUCACCUUUUCCGGAUUGAUUUGUGGUUUCUGUCUGAUUCCGUUUAUGAUAGGAGACUUCUGGGACGUCCACCACUACUGUUCACAAUGUGGACAACGACUAUACGUCUACCACAAAUCAUAACCACGAAGAUGUGCUUUAUCGUAACUUUUAUGGAACUUUUAUUCAUUUUGCAAAAAAAACAGUGCAGCAAUUCCAAAAGCCCCAAUGGCAGAUAAUCAGAGGUGGGUAGUAACGUGCUACAUUUAGUCCGUUACAUCUACUUGAGUAACUUUUGGGAUAAAUUGUACUUCUAAGAGUAGUUUUAAUGCAACAUACCGUAUUUCCUUGAAUUGCCACAGGCAUAUAGUAUGCGCCUGCCUUGAAUUACUGCCUGGUCAAACUCGUGACGUCACGAGUGACACUUCCCCUGUCAUCAUUUUCAAAAUGGAGAAGGCUGAUUUCAAUACCGGUCAUUUGAAAUUGCAUAGGGGAAGAAGAUUAAGAGCUAUUUAGUAGGAUUUAAGGUCGAACAACAGCCACGGCGGCCCUCGGCGUUUGGCGCGAAAGCUGAGCAACGCUGUUUGAAGUUGUGUACUCUUCGAAGAUAUUGAACUCUUUUCGAAGAAAAUCUUUUGAAUCUUUUACAUCACACUCAAAUUUUUACUGAAUACCUUUGGCGAGUGCGGGAGUGAGAACAGGUUUUAAAAUAAUUAGCGCAUGCUUACUUUUACCGCAUGCCUUUGUUAAGCGCCGGAGUGAGAAGAGGUUUUAAAUUAAUUAGCGCCCCGGCGGCAAUUUAACAUGAGUAUAUUUAUGAAAUGAAAUGAAUUAUAUUUAUAUAGCGCUUUUCUCAAGUGACUCAAAGUGCUUUACAUAGUGACACCCAAUAUCUAAGUUACAUUUAAACCAGUGUGGGUGGCACUGGGAGCAGGUGGGUAAAGUGUCUUGCCCAAGGACACAACGGCAGUAACUAGAAUGGCGGAAGCGGGUAUCGAACCUGCAACCCUCAAGUUGCUGGCACGGCCACUCUACCAACCGAGCUAUGCCGCCCCACAAUAGAGAACAAACGCUACUUUUACUCCGCUCCAUUUAUCUACAUUCAGCUCGCUACUGA